AUGCGGGUGGGACCCGUCCCCAGCGCAUCCCCCGGCGCAAGAGACACCCGGGCCUGCCCGCGGCGGGAGGACGGGGGCCCGGCGCCCGCCGUCUUCACCGGCUGCUUCCACGCUUACCGCAACGAGGUGCUGAAACCCGUCAGCUGUCACCCGCUCUGGGGGUAUUUCUCCAGCUUGAAGGAUUUUUUAGAGCCGCCCUCCGCCUUCCCGGUGCGAGGCGAGGAGCAGGAGCAGCCCCAAGACCUGCGGAACAAAGCGGGGCAGGGGUGGAGCGGGGAGAGCCGGGGAGCCGCGGUCAAAGCCUGUUGGGUGCCCCCCGGGGCCGGUUUCGCCCCCGCCGCGCCCAGGGCAAGGGGCAAGCGUGGCCGCGAGGAGGAGACCGUUUUCGGCCCCGGCGCCAAGUUACGGGCCGUUUCCCCCUUCCUCAAGGAAGCCGAUGGCAGGGACACGGGUGCUGGCUCGCCCGGCAGCCAGCAAGGGCUGGCCAAACCCAAAGCGGUGGUGGCCAGCCCGGGCUACGCCACGCCGCUGCCGCAAGCCCCGGACGUUUACAAGGGAGCGAUGGUGCGUUUCCCGGUGAGCUUCGGCAACCCGCUGGAGCACCUCAAAUCCCAAGGGGUGCCGGCGGCGCCGUCCCUCUCCGUCAACCCUUUCGUCAUCCCCGCUUUUCCCAGCCCUUUGAUAGCCACUUCCACGCAGCCCUCCGAUCUGUGCCGGCCGCUGGCGACCGGCCCUGGCCACUACCCAGCCUCCUACGAGAGCUCGCUGCGACACCGGCUCUACCCGGCGGCGACGUGGCACAGCCAAGCCACCUACGCCUCCCCGCACGCACCGGCCUUCCACCGCCACGCCAAGCUGUAGAGUUGCCAUCGCGCUCCGGAUCAGCCUCGAUGCCUGCGGAGGAGGGAGACGGUCGGGAUGCUGCCGUGGCUCGAACCGGGCGACGAGGCGCGUGCCAGUGCCGGUCACCGCUUCGGAGCCUGCAGCCAAGGACUGAGAGGAGACAAUCCGGACCGUGU